AUGUAACGCCAUCUUGUUUUUUGCGAUUCGACUUGUUUUGGAAGACGAAUUGUGUCAUUUUUUGCGUUGCAACGGCCAAUUUUCUGUAAAAUUGGGAUAGUCUUUCUUUGGAUUACAUAAAAUCUGCAAUAAACGACUAAACCAGCAUCAAAUCAAUGUGUAUUCAAAUUCACUUUGUUAUGAUAUCUUAGGUGCAUCCUUGAAAACCCAGUGUUCUUACUUGAAAGUUACUCAUUCUGAUCAAAGCAUGGAUUCAAGACAACCUGAGCCUGACAGUGUAGAAUAUUGGAAAAAGCAGGCUAAAUAUUACGAGCAGAAGGUAAACGAUAUACAACAAGAACUAGAUGAAUACACUGAAAACUCAGCCCAGCUAGAGAAAGAGUUGGAGGCAUCACUAGGACAAGUAGAGAAACAAAACAGAGAUCUAGAGCACCAAAAUCAGAGGCUAAAGAAUGAAAUUGAAAAUUUAAGGAAUAAGUUGGAGAGGAGUCAACAUGAAACUAAUGCCCUAGAGAAUGAACUGCAAGCACUCAAAAUAGAGAAAGAAAAGCAAGCGGUCUAUGUGAGAGAGCUGGAACAAAAGAAUGAUGACCUGGAAAGAGGACAAAGAGUAAUAUCUGAAUCAGUGUCAUACAUUGAAGCUUUAUUAAAUCAAGCCUAUGAGAGGAAUGCAGUUUUAGAAAGUGAAAUAGAUGAAGUUGAAAACUUAAGGAUCAAGCUACAGAGGGCCACAGAUGAAGCAAGAGAUCUUAAACAAGAAUUGAAGGUAGUAGACCGAGUACCGUGUAAGGAGAAAGAUGACAGUUCCAGUGAAAUCCCAGCUCCGGUCACAAAUGGUCACAUAAUACACCCGCGGGGUCAGGUGGAGACAGAAACGCAGACUAUACUGUCCACACCGCAGAAACGAGAAGUAAACGGGAACGCGAUGACGCCGGCCUCAAGGGUGUCUGCCAUCAACAUCGUCGGUGAUCUGCUGAGAAAAGUUGGGCUUGAACGGUUUCUGUGCCGCGAGUGUGGUAAGGUGAAGUGUACGUGUGACGAGCCCGCCACCGCCGCGCUCCCGCCGGAGCUCCCGCCUCCGGACACCAUAGACAAUGACAGUGACACCAUAGAGUUUAGGAACCCGCGGAGAGCUUCCGCCGGAAGUAGCCCGCCUCCUUUGUCUCUGAGUAGUAUGAGGCAUUCGGAAACUCCUUUAGUGAGGGAAACUCCUUUCGUCAGACCUAGCCAAGGUGACGGAAAAUUGCGUCGUUCCUUCGCCGUGCGAUCUCGGGAAGGCAUCGAGAAUCUAUUAGGGUUCACUAGGAGGAACCAAGACCUUAAAACAAAUGUUUUAAGAAAAUGAUGUCUAGUUUUUUGUGUUUAGUUUUAUUUUUUUUACUGUAAAUAUUACUUUAGUAAUUGUUUUAUGAUGAAAUAGUAUAUAUUGUAUUGUAUUUUUGGAAAUACUCAGUUAGCGAUAUUGUUAAUAUCGCACUGCCGUGAAGGUUUCUUGACAAUCAAGGUGCCAUGUUUAUGUACAUAAGUAAAGUUUAGAAAGGAAAUGACGACUUUUCGAUUUUUAUUGUUGUUUUUUUUUGUUAUUUUAACAUUGGACGAAUUUAGAUUACGAGCAUUGAUACGUUGUUUCGAAUGGGGAUGCACACAAUAAUAAAUGUAGAUAGCGCCACUGCAAUGGUUUAUUUUUAAAACAGGAAAAGCUCUCUUGUGAUUAGUCGCUUCAGUAGCCAUGUUUGUUUAGUGUUUUGUUUUGCAAAGUCGCGUAUCCCAUGCAUCCCCAUUCGUCUGGCUAGUUAUGGCAAGUCUGUGUUUCAAAAGCGAUUAUUUAGUUUUAGUUAAUUACAUAAAUACUUAUAGUAAGUACAAAUAAGUAGUACCAGUAUUGCUUAUGAAACACAGAUUUGCAAAGAGCCGCUUUCACACCACCGUCGACACAUUAGCAAUCCAUACUCCGCAGCGCUAGCGAUCUGUCAGAUCCAUGCAAGGUGUGUCAGAUGUCAAGCGCUGCUUGUCGAUUGAUAGUGUUUGACGAUGGUACGGUAGCAGGGUGCAGGCUCCAUGUUGCAUGCAUAGCUUCCCACACGGUGCCGGCGGUAACCCCAUCACCCUACGUCACUUACUAACAUGAUUCAUAUUGUGUAAUUUUCUUCAUUGUAGGCCUUGGAAUCAAAGUUAGCGUCCUGCCGAGGUACCAUUAGGCCUAAAGAGCACUCGCCCAACUCGAGCGCUGAUGUGAAUAAGGACUACAGGUGUGUGCUCAAGAACUAGGCCUCGCUUGCCGCUAGAACAGGCGCCGCCGCUCGGGCCGUGGCCUCUGUUAGUUGUCAACUCGCAAUAGGUAUCUGUGCGGCUGUUUUGGAGGUAAAAAUCUAUAAUUUGAAGAGAAAGAUGGAAUUUAUGAAAUUCUUCCAGUGAAAAUGAGUGGAAAAUGCCUUCAGUGACAAUGUUAACUAAUUGGAAAGGUUGGCGGUUAGCAUUAACCUCAAUUCACGUGACGCUUUUCAAUGGAAAAAAUGAUGAGGUUCUGAAGUUUUAUAUUGUAGGUUUUUACCUGCAAAAACAGCCGCUAUAAACAUCAUAAUAAAUCUUCGUUUGUGAUUUGUUUCGCCUCUCGCGGGCAUUUGCUAGCACUUUGUGUGUGAAUAUUACUAACUGUGAUGAAUUGAUGAAUCAAUGUUCGUUUAGAAUAGAUUUAGAUUUGCUAAAUUUUAUUUGGAAAUGUAUAUUGGCCUACCCACCGGCUCUGCACUGACGCAUUUAGCUAAAGCUUCACACCCGUGUGUAUUUCUAUACCAUGUUUCUCGAUAAUUCAGCGUCUUAGAGCCCGAAGUUAUUCUCAUAACUUCCUAGUGUAUAAACUAAAGUGGAUUCACUUUACUAUAAUCUCAUCAUAGUAAUACAAACGAUAAGGACUCUAUAAAAAUAAAAGAUUUGUUUCAUUAGAUAGAGGACAUAUUUUGGAAUGAAAUCGAUAUUUAAGAAUGUAAAUAUAGAAAAGAGGUAUGUAUUUUAAGGCGUUGAGAGUAAAAUUUUUAUGGAUGAUCUAUACACGUAAAUAUUCUAUUAGAAAUUAAAAUAGUAGCAACAUAGUGUUGAUACCUGUCCAGUAACUCGGCUAGAUGAACUAAACCCAUUUGUGACUAACAUUACUUUGGGCAUUAAUAUGUGUUUAAUAAUUUACUUAUAAUCAUAAUCCCCUUGUUAUAAAAAGUUUAGGUACUAAAUAUAGAUCUGAUUUAGAACCGGCACUAGUCUACAGAUUUCAUACAAAUCGGUAAUCUAAACCCGGUUCUAAACCAGAAUUAUGUUUGUGUUCGUUUCUAUAAUAAGAGGAAUCUGCUAUCAUUACCUGCGAUAGAUACAGUGUUGUGAGUAACGGUUAUACUUAGCGACUUCACUUCGAAAUAUCUCUUAUAGAAUCACAGUACAGAGGCUAGUCUUCUUGAUAUUCUCUGUAAGAUAAGAAAUGACAACUGCAGCUAGCAAACAGAGUACAAGUAGAGAAUAAAUAGAUAUUUCAACAUAGCUAAAAAAAGAUCUAUUGUGCUAUUUCGUAGGCUUCUUUGUACUGUGUAUCUACAAAAAUUGGCAUUAGUAUUUGUUAGUAUCUGUACCUAUAGGUAUAGCCCCUGUUAAUUAUAAUAAUUUAUGAAGCAAGUUGGAAUAGGUACAUUUUUGGCGAUAUUAUCGCAGUAACUUUGAUUUCUUUCACGGAUUUUGCUUAUACUAGAUUCGAUUACUAUUAUUGUGUAGAGAAUAGAGAUAUGUCAAAUUUCAGACUUACUGCAAAGGGGCGCUGAUAUUGUUAUAUUCUGCUAAAAAGAAAGGGACAUUUAUUAUUAAAAAAAUAUGUAUCUAACUUCAUACCAACCAUAACACAGUGUAAACCUAGAAAAGCGCAACAUGCAUGUUUUUAUAAACUAAAUAAUUGUUUACUAAUAAAGCUGACAGCGCCUCCAGCGAAAUAAUAUUGUACUUAUGUUUUUACUUAUCACAACAUUAUACUUACACAAUCUCCAAUGAAACCAACUUUACUGUAUAAAUAAUUAUUUUAUAAAAUUUAAUUGGAUAGAUUUAUUAAUUUUAAACAUCAUUUUAUGAAUUUGUUUUAUUCUUUUUUCCUGACGCAAAAUUGUUGUUUGCAUAUUAGUCUUUCUUGCCCCGAAAUACUUCAUUAGAAAACUUUUUUCUAUUACAAUAUUUAAAGAACUGAUGUUUUUGUUAGAUCACAUAACUAUUAAUAAUAUCUGCUCAUAAUAAUUACAUGUACUCA